AUGACUACUCUCAAUGCACCACUCCAUAAUGGUCUUAGGACCGGGAGCCUCAUACCGGCUCACAAGAACCUCGAAAAUACUGCAGAUUGCGAAGCUCAUACUCUUGUUCCCAUAGCUGAGGCCAAAAACCACGCUCGUGGUGGCGGUUACUAUUGGCAUGAUGGAUAUAAUGUAGAUCGUCAGUACUCCGUACAAAGCUGUGGAAUUGAGAUGGAUUUCCUGUUAGCGCAACAGCUUACCCUGAGCUGCUGCGUAUGGCGAGCCUUGAUGCCUAAAGUUUGGCUGAAGCCAAUGAAUCACAUUGUCACACCAGUUAUUCCUUGGAAACUCGGUACCCAAUCGCAGGCGGAAAAUCCAGAGCCGGAUCUGCAGCAGCAACAUGGGAGCCCACCGGUUAUGUUGAUUUUAGGUUCGAGUGUUUGGCAUCAUGAUAUUCACAAUGCAAUUUUCACGGCGGUACUUCAGAAUGGCCGGCGAUAUCACGGAUUGAAAGAUGGAUCAUACUUUUUGCUGCAUUUCAUAUACCGUUGUGUUUUGAGCCGACGUCUGUACUGCGCCCCAAUAGAUCCGAACCCUAGACGAGUGCUCGAUUUAGGAACUGGAACAGGCAAUUGGGCGAUUGAAUUUGCUGACCAGCACCAAAAAUCGCAAGUUCUCGGGACGGACCUAAGCCCGAUCCAACGCAUCUCCAUACCUCUAAACUGUACCUUUGAAAUCGAUGACUUCGAAGCCGAGUGGCCCUAUAUAGUGGCUGCCACAGACGACACACAUGCCCCCAAACCCCCCUCUCCCCGGGCUGACAAUCGCAUCGAUGACAUCCACAAUAAUGACAACUUGACUACCUCCGUACCCACCCAGGCUACUAGCCCCAUCCUGUUUGACUUCAUCCACACGCGCGAAAUCACUGGCUCGGUCCACAACUACUCCAAACUCUUCGAACGGGCCUACCGCCACGUAGCCCCCGGCGGCUACCUGGAGAUGCAAAGCAUGGAAGCGAAUUUCUUCUCAGACGACGGGACCCACGAGCGUGCGGUGACGGCAAUGCAGUGGCAGCGGCUGCUCGUGGAGGCGAGCCGGCGGUUUGGCAAGGAGUUGGGCGUUGAAGGGGGUUGGAAGGAGGGAAUGGAGCAGGCUGGGUUUGUUGAUGUUGAGGAGGUGGUGUUUAAGGUUCCCCUGUCCCCCUGGCCUAAGGACGCGCGCAUGAAAGACCUAGGCCGCUAUCAGGCAACCCAUGUGCAGGAGAUGCUGCAGUCGUAUUCGCUUGCGCUCUUUACACGAGUACUGGAAUGGAGUAAAGAGGAGCUCGAUGUUCUGCUACGGGCAGUGGGGAACGAUUUGAAAGAUAUGAGGUCCCAUCUGUAUACAAAGGUGAGGGUCGUGUACGGGCGGAAGCGGGAGUGA